UCUCUGACAAGGCUUAGAAACAGACGAGCGGUUCUCACGUCCCUCGUCAAGUCCUUUAUAUCAGGCUCCCUUGUUUCCUGCAUUCUCUCGGCUGCACGGUUGACGAAAUGUCUACACAGCUCCGCCGGCGAGAGGGAUGAAGUCCCCAACAACCAUUCUACCAGCUGCUCGCUGUCCUCCUCGAUCAUUGUCAAGAGUUUGCCAAUCCUCCAGCAAUGUCCUCUGCAUGCAGCUGAACCCCCGUGAACUUUCCACGUGGCAGUGGGCGGGGCUAGUUUGCCGGAGCAGAUGGAAGUGUUGGUGGUCGGUUCGUGCAACACGGACCUCAUCAGCUACGUGCCGGAGCUGCCCCGGCCGGGGGAGACGGUGAGUGGAACUAGGUUCAAGACUGGAUGUGGCGGGAAGGGAGCCAACCAGUGUGUGAUGGCGGCUCGUCUGGGGGUCUCCACUGCCAUGGUGGCUAAGGUAGGAAAUGACCAGUUUGGACGAGACGCCAUUCAGAACUUCAGAGACAACAACGUCAAUGUGGAUCAUGUGACAGUCACAAGAGAGGCUCACUCGGGAGUGGCGUCAAUCACCGUUAACGACAGGGGGGAGAACUGUAUUGUGAUAGUCAGUGGAGCUAACAUGACUUUGAGUCCGGCCGAUGUGCAGGCAGCUGCUCACCUCAUUCGGGGGUCAAAGGUCGUGGUGUGUCAGCUUGAGGUCCCUCCGGACACCUCACUGGAAGCUCUCCGUCUCGCCAAACAGAAUGGAGUGUUGACAAUCUUCAACACGGCACCAGCAGUUCCUCUCUCUGAUGACUUCUUCCACUCCACUGACAUCCUAGUCCUCAAUGAGACUGAGGCGGAGGUUCUGACUGGAAUCCCAGUAGGUGACGUGGAGACUGCCAAACAGGCAGUCAACAGACUCCUUGCCAGGGGCCCGGGCUGUGUCGUACUCACUCUUGGAGCUGGGGGUGUGGUCUUUAGUGGGCGGGGCUCCGAGGACACUGACACUCUGACCCAUAUCCCAGCUGAGUCUGUGGCUACCGUGGAUACAACUGGAGCUGGGGAUGCAUUUGUAGGAGCGAUGGCGUACUACCUGUCACGGCAGAGAGAGCUGGCGUUCUCUGAGGUGGUGAGGAGGAGUGGAGUCAUUGCCAGCCACACCACCACUCUCCCUGGAACCCAGACCAGCUACCAGGUCAACAUCCUGCCUCCUGGACUCACUUAGUCAUUGAAAACUCUUAUUAUAUUGCAGAGUCAUGCUCUUAUUUUGUACAUUAUGUGUGUUGUGUGGUAAGAUUCAUUUCUUUAAUUGUGAAACCAGGGUGGGAGCGUAAAUGUUUGUGUUUCAGGCAAUUGAUUUUCACACAAUUACGUUUUAGUAAAUCUUUAUUCUUCUGUACUUGUUGAGCCUGCAAGGUGAACCAUGUACAAAUAGCAACACAACACAAAACUGAGACAAUCAGGUGCACAAGAUGACUAAAAAUUUGAAAUGAGGUGGUUAACAAGUCAUGUGACAAUCAGCUGAUGGGCUGGUCUUUAUAAGUGAUAGAAAUAGGUUUGGUCAUCAUGUCUGGGUGGGCACUGGUUGGAAUGAGUGGCUGGUGAAGUCGAGGGAGAGCUCCAGAGGUGGGCACAUCCCGGAGAAUGUACAUGGAUGGUAGUUAUGGCGGAGAACUACUACAGGCUUGUGGACCUGCAGAAAUCUCUUGGACUGCAUUUUCUUGAAGUCCAGUUGAGGUCUCUCUAUGGAGCCAGUCGAGGCCAUCUGUGCAAAGUAUUUGGAGACUCUCUUCCGGCAGCCGGAGGGAGGCACUCUGAUUGGUCGCUGGGACCAGGAGGUGUGGUCAGAGCUCUCAAAGGCUUCCUUGACCUCGUCGUCACUGGAGCUGGCACUGCUAGAGCACUC